AUGGAGGCGCUCAACAGCACACAGGUCUCCCAGUUCUUUCUGAAAGGCUUCUCUGCCUACCCAGCCCUGGAGCACCUGCUCUUCCCGCUUUGCUUAGUCAUGUACCUGGUGACCCUGCUGGGGAACACAGGCAUCGUGGCUGUGAGCGUGCUGGACGUCCGCCUGCACACCCCCAUGUACUUCUUCCUCAGCAACCUCUCCAUCCUGGACAUCUGCUACACAUCCUCAUUUGCACCCCUGAUGCUGGUGCACUUCCUGUCGAGCCAGAAGACCAUCUCCUUCACUGGCUGUGGGAUCCAGAUGUGUCUGAGCUUGUCCACGGGCUCCACGGAGUGCCUGCUGCUCGCCAUCAUGGCCUACGAUCGCUACCUGGCCAUUUGCUGGCCUCUCCAGUACCCCGUGCUCAUGAGCCACCAGCUCUGCCUGCUGCUGGUGGGAGUGGCCUGGUCCUUCGCCCUGCUCAAGUCAGUGACUGAGACGGUCAUUGCCAUGAAGCUGCCCUUCUGUGGCCACCAUGUGGUCAGCCACUUCUUCUGUGAAAUCGUGGAAGUGCUGAAGCUGGCAUGUGGUGACAAGUCAGUCAGUGAGGCCCUCUUGCUGGCUGGCAGCACUCUGCUGCUGCCCAUGCCCCUGGCACUCAUCUGCCUCUCCUACACUCUUAUCCUGGUCACCGUUCUGAGGGUGCCUUCAGCUGCCGGGCGCCGCAAAGCCUUCUCCACGUGCUCGGCUCACCUGACCGUGGUGGUGCUCUUCUACAGUGCUGUCAUCUACACGUACAUGAAGCCCACCACCAAGGAAGCCCAUGUUUCCGAUGGGGUCUUCACGGUCCUCUACGCCGUGGUCACGCCCAUGCUCAACCCUGUCAUCUACAGCCUGCGGAACAGGGAGGUGAAGGAGGCUGCCAGGAAGGUGUGGAACAAGAGCUGGACCUCCAGGUGA